AUGGUCAAGCUUUUUGCUUCUCGAGGUCACAAAGCAACCAUUAUCACCACCCCUUACUAUGUUCAUCUUCUCUCCAAAACCAUCCAAAAAACCAGCGUUUAUGGUUCUUUGAUCAAUGUUCUAACGUUGGAAUUUCCUUGUGCCGAGAACGGAUUGCCACAAGGGUGUCAAAGCCUUGACAUGGCUUCCACACCUGAUCUGCUAUCCAAAUUCUUCAAAGCUACUACAACUCUUGGCACAAAACUUGACCAGCUCUUACAACAAUACCGUCUCGAUUGCCUUGUAGCUGACAUGCUCUUUCCCUGGGCUACAGAUGUCGCAGCACGGUAUGGGAUUCCGAGGUUGAUCUUCCACGGAACCUGUUUCUUCGCCCUGUGUGCUACCGUGUGUGUGUAUCGUUAUGCACCUCACAAGGAUGUUACUUCUGAUUGUGAUCCUUUCCUCAUUCCUAAUUUACCUGAGGAAACCCAAUUUGUGAAAUUGUUCAGAGAAAUUAAUGAAACAAACGAGAGGAGCUAUGGGGUCCUGGUUAAUAGCUUGUACGAGCUCGAACGGGUUUAUGCUGAUCAUUACAGGAAGGGAUUGGGAUUUAAGUCAUGGCACAUUGGCCCGCUGUUCUUAUACAAUAAGAUGGAUGAAGAAGACAGAGCGAACAGGGGAAUGGAACCCUCCAUUGAUGAACACGAAUGCAUGAAUUGGCUUAAUUCCAAGAAACCAAAUUCAGUUAUUUAUGUAUGUUUUGGAAGCUUGGCAGAUUUCGACGAUGCUCAGCUACUGGAGAUUGCACAUGGUCUUGAAGCUUCAGGGCAGGAAUUCAUUUGGGUUGUGAAGAAAGGAAAGCAUGAAGGUGUUAAAGCAGAGUGGUUGCCCGUAGGAUUUGAGAAGAGAAUGGAAGGAAAGGGACUGAUUAUAAGAGGUUGGGCAACCCAAAUGCUGAUCCUUCAACAUGAAGCUAUGGGUGGAUUUGUAACACAUUGUGGAUGGAACUCAACGCUGGAAGGUAUUUGUGCAGGGUUGCCAAUGGUCACAUGGCCAGUCUUGGCCGACCAGUUUUACAAUGAGAAGCUGAUCACUCAAAUACUUGGAAUCGGUGUCAGUAUCGAUAAUCGGCGAUGGAGUAUGUUUAUGGUUGACUGUAUGAAGAGGGAAGCCAUAGAGAAUGCUGUGAGUCGUAUUAUGGUAGGUGAGGAAGCAGAGGAAAUGAGAAGCAGAGCUAGGGCCCUUGGGGAAAUGGCAAAAGGGGCUGUUGAAGAAGGUGGGUCUUCUUGCUCAGACUUAAAUGCCUUAAUUGAAGAAUUAAAACAACGUAAGAUGGUCCCUGAUUCAAGCUAGACUAUAUGUAUGUGUGCUUUCAAUGUUUUUUCUUUUGGAAUUUUAUGUGCUUUCAAGGCAGUUUUAUAAGAAAUUAGAGGUUUGUUUGGUUGGAGGAAUAACCUGGAACAACAACAUUAAAAUGCCUCUAAUUUCUAAU